AUGUCGGCACCUUCUAUUAAAAGAUAUAGGAGAGAUUCUGUUAAAAGUGACGAUGAGGAAGAACACGAUAAAUACGUUCCUUACGUACCGGUGAGGGAACGAAAGAAGCAGCAGCUGCUCAAGAUGGGUCGCAUCGUUCAGCUAACAGCAGAAGCAUCUGCAGUAGGCAAAUCGUCCAGCGAAAAUGAACACGAAGAGGAAAGUACGGAGGAAUCAUGGGGCAGGAAGUUUAACAUUAGCCUGUUGGAUCAGCAUACUGAGCUUAAGAAGAUAGCUGAGGCUAAAAAGAUUAGCGCUGUUGAGAAGCAGCUCAAGGAGGAGGAGAAAAUUCUUGAAAGUGUUGCCGAAAAGAAAGCGCUCAUGGGUGUUGCUGAGUUGGCCAAAGGCAUACAGUACGAAGAUCCAAUUAAAACCAGCUGGACACCGCCAAGAUACAUUUUAGCCAAGCCCGACUCACGCCACGAAAAGAUUCGCGAAAAGCUUCGCAUAUUAACGGAGGGAGACAACGUACCACCACCGCUACUUACAUUUCGUGAAAUGAAGCUUCCUAAAGCAGUGCUGGCAGCAUUAUCGAAGCGAAACAUUAAAAAACCGUCUCCGAUUCAAGUACAAGGCAUACCGGCUGUGUUAGCGGGACGGGACUUGAUCGGAAUAGCUUUCACCGGUUCCGGAAAAACGUUGGUGUUUGUAUUGCCAAUAAUUAUGUUCAGCUUGGAGCAGGAGUUACGGCUACCGUUCAUAAAACGAGAAGGGCCUUAUGGUUUAAUCAUUUGUCCAUCGCGGGAGUUGGCGAAACAAACGCACGAUAUAAUCCAAUAUUAUUGCCGACACCUACAGGAAGCUGGCAUGCCUGAAAUCCGUACCGUGCUUGCAAUUGGAGGGGUUCCAGUGAACGAUGCCAUUGCGAUUAUUCAGCAAGGAGCACAUAUCAUGGUAGCUACACCGGGUCGUCUGAUGGAUAUGCUGGAUAAAAAAUUGGUAAAUCUCGAUGUCUGCCGUUACUUGUGCAUGGAUGAAGCUGAUCGAAUGAUUGACAUGGGCUUUGAGGAGGACGUUCGUACAAUAUUUUCCUACUUCAAGGGGCAACGUCAGACUUUACUGUUUUCGGCCACUAUGCCCAAGAAGAUCCAAAACUUUGCCAAAUCUGCUCUUGUAAAACCCGUCACAAUAAACGUCGGCCGAGCUGGUGCGGCUUCUAUGAACGUCACACAGGAUGUGGAAUAUGUGAAACAAGAGGCAAAGGUGGUGUACCUGUUGGAGUGUCUGCAGAAAACAUCACCACCGGUGCUAAUAUUCGCUGAGAAAAAGCAGGACGUUGAUGCGAUUCAUGAAUAUUUGCUGUUGAAGGGCGUGGAAGCUGUUGCGAUCCAUGGCGGGAAGGAUCAAGAGGAACGCUAUCGCUCGGUCGAGUCGUUUAGAAACCAAGAAAAAGACGUCCUGGUCGCUACAGACGUUGCGUCCAAAGGGUUGGAUUUUCCAGACGUACAACAUGUAAUUAAUUACGACAUGCCGGACGAUAUCGAGAACUACGUGCAUCGAAUCGGUCGUACUGGAAGAUCCGGAUCGAAAGGUUUAGCUACAACGUUUAUCAACAAAGCGACGGAACAGUUUGUGCUGCUUGAUUUAAAACAUCUUCUGAUCGAGGCAAAACAAAAAGUGCCUCCAUUCUUGGGUGAACUUUGCUCAGAGACAGAGAAGUAUGCCGAUCUGGGCGAUGGCUGCAGUUACUGUGGUGGUUUGGGUCAUCGUAUCACCGAGUGUCCCAAGCUCGAAGCUGUACAAAGCAAGCAAGCAUCUAACAUUGGCCGUAGAGAUUAUUUGUCGAAUACGGCAGCUGAUUAUUAG